CUGACAGCCGCAGUUCUAUUAUUAACCAGGCAGCGGCGGGACGAUGCUGCGCAUAUCUGGAAAUCCGCUAAGGGGCUUAUUUUGGAGAUGUAUUCCCCUCAAUACAGCUGCAGUGGAAUUCCUCGAAGGUUGGCACUCAGCGAUUCCAUGUGAUCCCGAAGGCUGUUGAUACUGCAAGUUACCUCUCUGUCCCUGAGUGAUGACAAGCACCCGUCGUUAGGACUGUCCACAAGUACUGAAUUCAACAAGACCUUAGGGUCUGAAGUCAGGAAAAUGAAACUUCAACCCUGCUUUUGCUUUCAUUUUCUUUCAAAGACCAUGUGUUUCCAGCUCUGUGGAGGACAAGCAGAGAAGUGGGUGAAUCUAGUCUCACAUUCUCUCUCUGCUCGACACACACUGUGCUCCUCAAGUUUCCCAGUCAGCUUCACCGUUCUGAUACUUUAGCCUCGGGGUCAUUGCUGCUCCGUCAUGCCCAGGGCUCCAACUACUUACCAUACAUUUCCUUUGACAGAGGUUUCUGUUUCCUCUCUGAGUGUCAUCACACACAGCAGAGGGAGGAGGUCCAAACUGUGGAGUUCUGCUCUCCAGAUGAUGCCUCACAUGGCUGUGUGCAAGUACGUUCCACUGGUUCUAGUGGGAGUUGUGGUUUUGGCAGCCAGCGGGAUCAUAGCAGACCCUCUCUACGAGUGUCUCCAGGACACUGACUACAGAGAGCUCCUGGACAUUGUGACGGAUGGACUCCCAGCUGCCAGGAUGCCUCGACACGUGGCAGUCAUCGGCGGGGGCAUGGCUGGACUGACUGCUGCCAAAGUCUUAGAAGAUGCAGGACAUAAGGUGACCAUAAUAGAAGCUAGUGAGCGAAUCGGAGGACGGGUGGAAACCUUCAGAAACAGAAGAGAAGGCUGGUACGCGGAGGUGGGAGCCAUGAGGAUCCCAAGCUUCCAUCAGAUUCUACUUUCCUUUAUCUCCAAAUUGAAAAUCCCACUGAAUUCCUUCAUCCAAGAUGACAUCAACACCUUCUACUUGGUAAAUGGAGGGCUACACAAAACCUACACCGUAGAAAACAAUCCCAGCGUGCUCAACUACAGUUUGCAUGACAGAGAGAAGGGAAAGUCAGCUGCUGAACUCUUCAGUCAGACACUCUGGAAGGUGAGGGAUGACCUAAAGACAUUGGGCUGCAGUGGAAUGCUGAAUAAAUAUGACUCCUUCACAGUAAAGGAAUUUUUGGUGAAGGAGGGCAACCUGAGCCGUGGCGCUUUGAGGAUGAUCGGCGACAUCCUCAAUGAAAACAGCCUCUUCUACACGUCCUUGAUAGAGAUGCUCUACAUACAGACUGACAUCAAUGACAACACAAAGUACUUUGAAGUAACAGGUGGUUUUGACCAACUCCCCACAGCUUUCUAUCAAGUUUUAAAUGCCACAAUCCUGCUGAACUCCAAAGUGAAGCUAAUUGACCAAACAGGUGGGGCUAAUGUGACUGUGACAUAUAAAGACUGGCAGAACUCAGGUUCCUUGUCAAAAGUGACAGUGGACUAUGCCCUUAUUACGGCCACAGCCAAGGCCACCCUCUUCAUUGACUUCUACCCUCCUCUGUCUGGUAACAAGAUGGAGGCCUUGCGCUCUGUUCAUUAUGCCAGCUCCACAAAGGUAGUGCUCAGUUUCAAGGAACGCUUUUGGGAGAAAGAAGGCAUCAGAGGUGGGAAAAGCAUUACCGACCGACCAUCUCGCUUCAUCUACUACCCCAGCCAUGAGUUUCCAGGUACCACUGCAGGGGCCCUCCUGGCUUCCUACACCUGCUCUGAUGACUCCACCCUUUUUCAAGGCAUGAAUGAAGAGGAUCUGAUGGCAGUAGCUCUGGAGGACUUGGUGAAAAUCCAUGGAGAGUAUAUCCGACCGCUCUGCACAGGGGGUCUGGUGAAGAAGUGGGGCCUGGACCCUUACAGCUUUGGAGCCUUUGCCCUGUUUAUGCCAUACCAGCAGGGACACUAUGCACGAGAACUCUUCCAGAGUGAGGGACGGGUGCACUUUGCCGGUGAACACACAGCAACUCCUCAUGGGUGGAUCGAAACUGCCAUGAAGUCUGCUCUUAGAGCAGCUAAGAAUAUCAACAGCUUGACUCUGUAGCUUCAUGUCUGUUUUUUCUCUUGAAAAGCUCUAAAUAGUUCAACCUUUUAGAUUUCUUUCAAUAUCAUGAGCCAUUCUCUGCCUGAUACAAGGUCUGUUUUAUUGUGAUGUAGAGAUGUUUCUACAUCUCAGUAUCAAUAGUUUUAGGUUUAUUUUAUUGAAGGCAAAUGUUUUAUUAAGUCAUUCAAACUCAUUGGUGAUUCUUGCAUGAAUUGUCUUUUUCUUGCUGUUCCACAUUUUUUAUUGCUUUUUCCUUCAUGAUAUACACAUCUAUGGAAACCAUCUCUAUAAACAGGGUGCCAACCAAGCACACAUGAAUACAAGCAAUAAAAACUUUCUCCUGGAGCAACUAACAGAUGACUAAGUUUUGUUUUUAAUAUAGUGCUCACUUACCGUCUUUCCAAUACCGAGUUGGACAAUUACCCAGAACAAGAACUGGGCUGAUUGAAAUGAAUCCAUUUAGCUUUGUAGAUUUUAAAACUUUUAAUCAGAAUGAGCUUUUUAAUAACUGAUGACUUAAUGUUUGCAAAUGGGGAUUUUAGCUCAACCUGAAAAAUUUGCAAAGCAGAUAGUAUUAGGAAAAUGAAAUGCACUCAAGAUUUUUAACAUUUCUAGAAUUUUGCUUGUUGCAGCCUCUUCAUACUUCAGCAAUUAUGUUUUUACUCAAAUUCAAUUGUGGCUUUAGUUCACUAACUUUAAAUAAACUGUUCUACAUUCAAAGUUAUCUGGAUAAACCCAAAAUGUCAUGUUUUCAUAUAUUGUGGAAAUUAUUGUCUUGUAUAGUUUAUUUUUGAGCUAAAAAGUUAUUGUUGUUUUUUUUCCCACACUACACCAGGA